UCGUGAAAUUGUCUCAAGAAAGUUUCAAAAUGGCGUCGCUUCUUCGGUCGUCUCGGCGGAGUGCUGUUCUCAUAAACUUUUUACGCACUCAGGGGCCGUGUCAUCAGUCAGUGUGUCAUAUUCAGACGUCUAAAAAGAAGAAAGAUGUUGGUACGGCAGAAGGAAUAUUAGAAAAAGUAGACCCUUCUCCAGUAAAUUCUUUUGAAAAGCCUAAGAAUGCCAUCAAUUUUGGCUUUAGUCUGGAUUCAGAAAAAGAAGCCAGCAUGGACUAUCAGCUCACAUUGUUCUGUAUUAUUACAGUAGCUGUGGUUGGAUCAGCUUUUCUUGUUUUGUAUUUGCCAGAUAAAAAAUUAAAAUAUUGGAGUCAGAGGGAAGCUUAUUUAGAUCUUUAUAAACGAGAAAAAGAAGGCCUGCCUCCGAUUGAUAAGAACUAUAUACCAGAAGACCAGAUGGUUCUACCAUCAGAAGAGGAACUAAAAAAAGUGGAAAUCAUUGUUUGAAUUGAAAAAAAACUUCACUAGAAAAAUCUAUUUAUAAAGCUGCUCAUUUGAAAGGAUUUUGUGAAAAGAAGUGUUGGAAUUUCAGUAAUAAAAUUGUGCCCAGCACACUGGACCUGGCUUAUUACAGUCCUCAACUUGGAAAGACACAGUGUCCUUGAUAUGUUUGAAGGUGUUAAAGUGACAGCCACACAUUGCGUUUAAAUCUUUGCAUACCAAUUACCAGUAAGCUUCAAUCUGGACAGGUUCUGCAGGAUAGUAUUGUCUUGCAGCAAAAGCAUGUUUUUAUGAAAUACAACUGAUAUGUGCGCGUCAGAUUUUUAGAACAGAGUGAGUUUUUGAUUUGAGUAGCAUUUGCAGCUUCGAGGGACUGUGACACUUUCGGCAGGAUUGUGUGUGCAUGCGGGCCAAACCUUGUGUGGUUGAAUCUGGUUUAGACAGUUCUAUAUGUGCACUUAUUUUGAGGCGAUUUGGAUUUACACAUGGAUAAUGUUCAAAAUAAAAGUUACUGAUUCCAU